UCCCCGAGCUGCGGGAGCCCCGCACCGCCCACAGCCCUCCGGCAGCGGCAGCGGCGGCAGCACGGGCAGAGCCGGCAGGCUCUCCUCUCAGUGACAGCACCGGCGUCACCUCAGCGCCGAGAUGAACCCCACCGUCGGCAUCGCUGUCAUUCUGACAGUCCUCCAGGCUGCCCACUGCCAGAUGAUCAAGGACCUGAGUGCCUGCCUGCUGGGCCAGAGCCUCCGGGUGGACUGCCGUUAUGAGAACAAAACCAGCAACCCCCUGACCUACGAGUUCAGCAUCACCAAGGACAACAGGAAGCACGUCAUCCACAGCACCAUCAGCGUCUCCGAGAACAUCUACCGGGGCCGAGCCAAUGUCACCAUGCACAAGAACCUGGUCUGCCUCUACCUGCAGAGCUUCACCACCAGCGAUGAGGGCGUCUAUAUGUGCGAGCUGAAGGCUACCAACGACUACACCGGCAACCAGACAAAGAACAUCACUGUCAUCAAAGACAAACUGGAGAAAUGCGCUGGCUUCAGCCUCUUGAUCCAGAACACUUCGUGGCUCCUGCUGCUCCUCCUUUCCCUGCCUCUCCUGCAAGCUGUGGACUUCGUGUCCCUGUGAAAGGAAAAGCACACACACACACACGCACGCACACGCGCACGCACGCACACACACACACCCACCGAGUACCCCAGCGAACCCGCCGUCCCCGCCAGAACGCAGCCCUUGGAAAGAGAAGCCGAACCGUUUGGAACAAGUGACACCUCUCUCUGUGUUCUCUCUAUAUAGCCGUGUAUCUAACGCUACCCACCGUCCUGUGCCCAGCCUCGCCGUCACACGCGCACACGCCCUGCUCCAAAGCAUGGUGGCUCUGCUAGGCAGCGUUGCUUCUCCCAUCGCACCUCCCCUCUCUGUAGGCUGGCUGGUUUGCUCAUACUGGGAGCACUGGAGCCUCAGCCCCUCACAACCUGCUUCUCCCAUCCCUUUUAACUUUUGGGGGUUGCCUGUUCUCAACUGGGGAAAGACAGCUGGACCGGCAGGUAAGGCAGAGAGAGAGAGAUGAUGAUGAUGAUGCGAGAGCGUGCGGAGGGGUCCCUGUGCUGGGUGCUGCGCCCACAGCUCCGGGAGGGGACGGGGCUGCCAGCGUCCCCGACCCACCCUGCCCGCUAGCCAAGUGACUGAGCCUGCUCCUGUCACCCUGAGUCACCCCAAGCUGGUGACCAGGAGGGGACACGAGGCAAGUCCUGUCCCAGAGUGAGGGAGAGCCAGAGGGAGCAUGGGAGGCACAGGACGAUGCUGGGAGGAGAGAGGGGAGCAAGCCUGGGAGCCGCUCGUCAGACACCCCCAGGAGAGGGUUCAGUGCAAAAGUGCUCUGGCAGCAAGUUUCCACCAAUCUGUUUUUGACAGCCGAGCGGGAAGCGAGGCCUCCUCCAGACAUCAUCUGGUACCUUUGUGCUGCCCGAGACACCACUUGCUCUCCCAGGGGACUAACUCUUAGCUGUGACGAGAGAAUUGCUGCCAGCACCCGCGAGCAGUGGAGGCGAGCAGAGCCUCUCUGAGCUAGCCACAGCCCUGCUCCCCUCCCCAGGCCCCCGCAGCUGGAUCCAGGCAGGCUGGUGGGGAGGGGGCUCCCCUAUGGGAGCGUGACUCCAAGGUCUCCGCGGGGACUCCUCUGCACCAUCACCCUGUCUUCCCUGAGGGAACAUCUGGGGGUCCUGACCCUUCCUCAUGGCUCUGGGUAGGCUCAGCAGCAUUCCUCCUCCAGCAGAGUCUUCUUCCAGUCCCACCGCCCCACUCGAGGUAACCCACGUGCCCCAUCCCUUUUUCCCUCCUACCUUUCAGCAUUUUCUUGUCUCCUUUUGAGAGCCGAAAAGGGGCGAAGAGCAGCCCAGCUCUUGGCUGCCCAGGGGUCAGCGAAAGAGGGGAGGGGGAUGCUGAGCACAGCAACAUCCCAGACCUGCCUGGAUGCCCCACGGGACCCCAAGCAGCUGGUGGGCUCCUACCCUGACGUCCCCAAAACCUAGAGAUUCCCAGGCAAGGAGCACCCAUCCAUGGGGAGAGAGACCGGAGGGCCAUCCCUGCUGCUCCAGAGGAGGGCACGGGAAGAUGCAGGCAGGAGCGUUGGGGUCCAUGGAGUGAACCCACCACGGCUGAGAGCAAUUCCCAGCAGCCUCUCCCCACUCCUUGCUCUUCUCCAAACCCCAUCAGCUGCCUCCUACCUCUGUGCCCGUUCGCUGCCUGCUUGCUUGCUGUCUCGUGCUGCUGAGGCCGUGCAGAGCUGAGGGCUGGCUGCGUCAGCUCCCUGCGCUUGCUGGUGAGCACUGGGGCAGGCGCAGAGCCCAGCCGGCAGAGCACGGAUGCGUCUCCAGUCUCAUUUUUUUUGUGAACAUUUGUAGUUGUUUCCACAGCUUGUCGUAAAAGAAAUUCUGUUAACAGGGGAGAAACGAAAAAAAGAAAAAAAAAAAAAAAAAAUAAGAACCGUAUGAAAAGCAACAACGACGACAAAAAAAAAAGAACCAAACCCCUAUCUUCCAGGAGUGUUCCUCUGUCUGCACAAUAA